AUGGACUUUGAUUCAUUCAACUAUACAGAUUUCAACACCAUCACAAAUGAUCAUGAUUUUAUCAAUAGUUAUAUUGACUUGGAAAAAUUCAGUAUUCCAUUAGAUGAAGAUAAUAAUACCCAAGAUCAAAUAACGAAAAAUUCAGAUUUUAAUAAUGAAUUAUACCAAAUACUAUCAAAAGAUUCAUUAACAAAUACAUCCAUAUCAUCUCCAUCAGCAUCAUCAUCGUCAUCAGCAUCAUUCAAUAGCAUAAAUUAUCAAUUUCAAUCAUCAAAUAUAACGUCUCAACCUGAACCAUUAGUCAAAACCGAGGAAACAUUUGAUAUCAAUAGCUUUUUGAAGAAUGAUGAUGCAUUGAACUAUUUAGAUUCAUUCUCAUCACCUUUAGAAUCAAUCGAGUCACCAUUAGUUUUUGAUCAAAGAACUCCAAAUUUAAACAAUUCCAAUACAAAUAAUUUAUCUUUCACAUCAAAUCCAUAUCAUAAUCAACAAAAUUUGGAUUUCCAAUCAAGACCAAAUACACCUACAUCAUUAGCAUCAUCAAUUUCAUCUCCAAUAACCAAUGCCAAUCAAAAUAAUCUUUUACACAAUCAUAAUAUCAAUACAACAAGACGUAAUUUAUCAAUUUCUUCAAUGUCUUCAUCAAAUUCACCAUCAUCUUCAUCAUCAUCAAUUAAGAAAAACUUGGAUUCAAGAUUAUCAUUACAAAAAUUAGGAGAAAUCUUACAAACUUCAUCAUUAGAUGAAACAAUUAAAAUUGAACAAUUCAUCUUAAAAAUUUUCCAAGAUGAAUUAGGUUUCCCAUUAGGUUAUAAAACUUGGAUUAGAGAUACAAACGAAGAAUAUAGAAGAUUCUUAAUUGAAGAGUUAUAUAAUAGAGUCAAUCCAAAAUAUCCAUCAAUGACUAAAAAUUUAUUAGAAACUGUUGUUAAAAGAGCAACUUAUUCAAUGAUGCAAGGAAGAUUAAGAAAAGAAAGAAGAGCUGCUAUUAAGAAGAAGAGAAAUAACAAUUAG